CAACGACGCGUCUCAGACAUCAGCUUCCAGCAACCGCGCCUCAAUCAGCACGGUCGAGUGACUCAGCAAGCAGAGUCACGUCUCGACUGUCCCACUGCUCCUACCAGUCAUCAUCGAUUGCUCCCGCAUCAGUAGCACCUUUUCCCGUGCCCUUUGUUCGCCGAAUAACCCGCUUCGGAUCCUAAGCACACCUGUCCGCUAAUAACAAAGCCAAACGAGUCCAGACCGGCAUCUGGAUAGCUCAGCUCUUGCAGUCCGCUCAGAAUAGCCCAAGAGCAUCCAGAACUCUUCCCCAAGCAGUAUUGUAGUCCUCGUCUAGCCAUGUCCUCUGAGCAGACUUUCUCCACUUCCGACCUACGCAGCACUGCUCAAGACUAUAAGCGGGAUGCUGCUCGCAAAAGCAAAUGGGCUCUCGGCAGCGCUGCCACGUUUGGCAGAGCCGAAGAGGACCAUCCUCGGCCUCAGCGUCCCCACGAGACGUGCGUUAUACCCAUUCGUCGCAGAUUCCAUGCUGACAGCUAGCAGCAACUUCAACUUCAAGCGCCGUGCAGUCAAAGGUGCCGUAGCGGCUCUCCACCACGGCACCAAAGUCGCUCGCAGGCAUGACAUGCUAGAGGGCACCGCCAUGUCUGACGAGUCCUCAAACAGCUCAGCCUCCGACUACGACGAGACUCCUUCGCCUCCGGCCGACGCCAGUGUCGUGUACUCUUUCGACGCCGCUCGUUCGCCAUCCCACGGUAGUCAGAUCCUGAACGCUGCUCUUGCCCAGGCUGUUAAGAAGUAUGAGGAUCGCGAAACGGUGAAGCUUAUCAAGGACGAGUAUGAAGUCCUUGACGAUGAGGGCGAGUCGAUCGGGGUGACGCCGGCCAAGAAGGGCAAGAAGGCCAAGGUUCAUGCUGAGCCGGCUGUCGUACUUAUGGACGCUGACGACGGGGAUUGGGAGUGCAUUUGAGAAUGUCGGGUUCUGGACACAGUGAACGCAUGGCACCAGAUGGACGCUCUUUCGGCCUCUUCGAGAUGGUGUUCGAAUGUUGCUGCUGGAUAUUGGCGUUGCGUAGGUUAACUGCAUUGGAUGUCUGUGAUCAUGAGAAGGACGAUCGGCGUUCUUUGAGGACAUGAGCUACGCUACCCUAGUGCCUGUGAUAUCACCUAUUCGUUAGCUCAACGGGAUUGUGACGAAGACUGUGUGUGAUCAGUUGACCGCAUAGCAUAAGGAAUUGCACGUGUCUCUCAUCCUACAGAUACAGCUUAACAGUGCUGAUUGUGAGGGAGUCCGCUAGCAAACAGUACAACUCUUAGG